AUGGUUUGUGGUGGAAAGAAUGAAGAUCCAAGUCUAGCAAGAGCUAAAAACAAGAAAAUUGCUGAAGAUAUUCGAAACCAAGCUCUCUUACAAAACAAGGAAAUUAAAUUACUUCUUCUCGGAAGUGGAGAAUCGGGAAAGUCAACAUUAUUUAAACAAAUUAAAAUUAUUCAUUUGAAUGGGUUUACAAGUGAGGAAGUUGAAUCAUAUGUGCCACUUGUCAGAGGAAAUGUCAUUUUAAAUUGUUUAAGAUUAAUUGAUGGAACUUCACGAUUUCAAAUUAAAUUUGAUAAUGAAGAAAAUAUGAAAAUUGCUGAGAAAAUUAAAUCACUUGAUCCAAAUUUAGCAAUUGCUGCUAGAGAAUUUGAUACUAAUCCUCAUAUUGGAGAUGCAAUUAAAAAAUUAUGGAAUGAUUCUGGUAUAAGGACUGCCUAUGAUAGAAGAAAUGAAUUUCAAAUAUUUGAUUCUGCUGAAUAUUUCUUUGAAAAUAUUGAACGUAUAAGUGCUCGUGAAUAUAUACCAACCUAUGAAGAUAUUGUAAAAUGUAGAGUUAAAACGACGGGUAUUGUGGAAUGUAAAUUUGAAAUUGAUAAUUUAUAUUUCAGAUUAUUAGAUGUUGGAGGUCAAAGAAAUGAACGUAAAAAAUGGAUACAUUGUUUUGAGAGUGUAACAUGUCUACUUUUUGUUGUAGCUCUAUCAGAAUAUGAUCAAACAUGUUAUGAAGAUGAUAAAACCAAUAGAAUGCAAGAAUCACUUGCUAUUUUUGAAGAAAUUGCCAAUAAUCAAUACUUUAAACAUACAUCAAUACUGUUAUUUUUCAAUAAGAGAGAUUUAUUUGAGAAGAAAAUUCAAAAGAAUCCAAUUUCAACCUAUUUUCCCGAUUUUAAAGGAGAUGGAAAUAAUUUUGAUGAAUCAGUUGAAUUUAUUACUGGAAAAUUUAAAAAAUUAGUACGAGAAGGUGAACCCAAUAGACUUUAUACUCAUGUUACAUGUGCCACUGAUACUGAUAAUGUUAGACAUGUUUUUGAUGAUGUGAAAAUGACAAUUUUAAAAGAGGGUUUACAUACAAAGAAUCAUGCUUAAUAAAUUUUAUAAUAUUAUU